CAAGCAGCUGAGAAAAAAUAAAAGGUAAAGAUCCACUAUACAAUAAACAUCAAGUGAGACAAGGAUAUCUAUGAUAAGGGUCGCAAUCAUUAUUAUUUUGAUGGACAUAUGACUGAUAUGUCUAUCUAGUAUUUCUGAGCACAAUUAUACAUAGCAUAUAAAUAUUAUUAUAGCUUAAUUAAUUAGAAUAAUAGGCGGCAAAACCAUGAGAAAAAAAAUCCAGGAUAGGAAUUUUUUUAGCAAAGCCUAUAAGGCCGGUAGAGUGCUGUCUGGUUUUGUAUCAACAAAAACUAUUCAUAUACUGUCUACGGAAACAGCAGGAAUUGUAGUUAAAAGAAGCUACGAAUAUAAAGGAAGUAAACAACAGGUUGUCUAGUCAGCAAUCACAACAUUGAAAUGCAACCUUCUAACUGUCAAGAAAUAAUUAAUUUUGAGAUGAUACUAAUAGAGAUAAAGCUCAUUUGUAGAGUUCUUUUGAUUUGCUUUCUGGCUGGCUUCAGCACUGUGAGUGUGGAGAGACUAUGUCCAAUGGAAACAGUCACUUUCACUUGCACUGCUAAUGGAGAUUCCUUGAGAUGGGUGUCUUCAGAUAGUACUAGCAUCAGUAUCCUCUCCACCUCUGAUCUCAACGUACCCAUUGUUGUAUCAGGUUACACUGUGACACUGAUUGCAUUCAAUGACACUACAUUAACAUCUACUCUUUCAAGAACAGCAGAGAAUGGGAUCACUGUGUCCUGUUUGGGGUUUGUGCCAGUAACCACUAUAGGAUCUUCAACGAUCCGAUCGGUUGAUCCACCAGGACCACCGUCCACCAUUAGACACUCCAUUUCAAGCAGCUCAGCCGAUGCAGUUAGUGUACCUGUACAGUGGAACCCUCCUACUGAGACUGGUGGUAGAGAUGACCUCACCUACACAGUGACCGUCUCACCUCUGGCCCAGCUCUCUGCUACUGUCCUCACAUCCACCUCUGUCACUGUGACUGCUCAAUACAAUGUGGACUACGCUGUCAGUGUUGUGGCUACCAACUGUGCUGGGAGCAGUACAACAGCUGACUACAACUUUAGGAUUGGCAACUGUCCUACGUUGACUAACCCAAUGAAUGGAGUGUUUGGACCAGUCUCCAGCAGAUUAUCAGGAUCCACAGUAACCAUCCAGUGUGAUGCUGGGUAUGUGUCUACUGUUACAAUGGUGACAUGUGAGAGUACACUAAUGUGGAGUCCAGACCCUGAGGCUAUUGAGUGUACAUCACUAACCACACCUACUCCCACAACUCCCCCUCCAAUAAACUGCACGGCUCCACUAUCCCCACCACUUGAACCACCUACUACAGCUGCACCUUGUAAUUGUAAUUGUAAUUGCGCCAGCCUAUCUGAUGGGAGUCGAUUUGAUGCAGCUGUCUCCAUCAGCGUAGUUGUCACGGCAAUUCUAUUCACGAUAAUAGGAUUAUUUGUGGGACUCUUGAUAAUGUAUUUGUUCAUGCAUAAGAAGAAUGUGUACUCCCCGUCAGCUAAAGAGCAAGCUAACGUAGGACCCACUACACCAGCUGGUCCUGUUUAUGAGGAGGUGUCACCCAAAGAGGAGAUUGAACUGAACACUAACCAGGCGUAUGGACCAGUAGGACUAUGAAACUUACGAUCAUCCUCCCCAGCAGCUGACAUAGUGUGGUAAGACAGUCCACUCCAGCAGACUGCACCACCAGGCAUUGUCACUGCUCUGUGAGGGUGGGGGGAGUACUUGUAAUAACUGGAGUAUGCAGAUCUCAUUAUCUAUUGAAAUAGAUGUAAGAAACAAGGACAGAGAAACAUUGAACACACUCAAAGAAGUUAGAUACGUGUAUAGCCACAGUACAAUUUACAAAGAAAUUGUUAUGUCAAAACUUACUUCAAAAGUAUCGAAUGUUUCUUACAGUGUCAGCUUUUGAGGAACUUAGCUGUCUAAGAAAUUUCAAUCCACGCUAUCGAUAAUACAACAUACAUCACUAAAGUAACUUUAUAGACUUAGAGAGCAUAAUUAUAUAGGGUCGCCAUCAGAGGACGUUCAACAUGCGUGCACGAAUAAUUAUAAGUGCUAGUGUUUUUUUUGGCCUGGACGUUAUCAAGCAAGGACAUUAAUGCACUGAACUUAUAAUAGUGAUUUGUGCAUGCAUGUCGAUGACACAAUGAGAUCCAUUUAUCACCCAUCUCACCAGUUU